UUGUCGACAAUUCUCCAAGUGACUUCAAGGAGAAUAGACUCGAAGGCCCCAAUCACCAUGAAUGGAAGAAAAAAGCGGAUUCACAUUCGCGAUUCAUCCGCAGCUCUGAGGAACAUUAUGACGAUGAGGAAAUAUAUGAUAGAGUCAAUGCCUGGGAGGAAGGGGACGAGGAGAACAUUUGGGAAUUGAGUGGAUUACUCGAGGGCGACAUUAUGAUUAAUCCCAAUGAUAACCAGGAUCCCAAGGGACUCAUCGAUACUUCAAAGCGAUGGACCAACGGAAUUGUGCCUUUCAAAAUGAAAAAAGGCCAUUUCAAUGAGAUUGAAACCUCCGUAAUACUGGGAGCGAUGGAGGAAUAUCACCACCGAACUUGUCUGGAAUUUCGCCCCUACAACAAGACCCUUGACAAUGCAUACAUAUCAUUUCAAUCAAGCAAAGCAGGAUGUUGGUCGUCAGUAGGAAGACAGGACGCUGGCCAAGCGAUAAACCUUCAACGUCCCAAAUGUAUAAAACAUGGAUCCAUCGUCCACGAGAUCAUGCACGCCAUUGGCUUUCAUCAUCAGCACAGUACAUACGAUCGUGAUAACUACAUUGAAGUAGUCUGGGAUAAUAUUAAAUCAGGGAAGGAGAAAAAUUUCAAAAAAUAUGAGGAGGACACAGUGACCGACUUUGGGGUUGGCUAUGACUACAAAAGCAUCAUGCAUUACAGUCGUAAAGUAUUUUCAGCUAAUGGAAAACCCACGAUUAUUCCCUUGGAAAGAGGAGUGAAGAUUGGUCAACGUGAGAAACUCAGUGACAAAGAUGUUUCGAAGAUACAAGCGAUGUACAAAGAGGAAUGCUCUAACAGACACAACGAAGCCUAAAGAUUGAUCCAAUUAAAAAUUUUCACUCACUAAAUGAUGCAAAAAUGUAUUUUAAAAAAUCAGGAAAGAUUUAGGAAGUUGAAGCGAAUUCCAGACUGAUGCAGCAAUGUUCU